AAAGAGAGGAAGAGGGCGGCGAACCCUCUCUAUCCGAACAAAGACGUCAUUCCAGUGGUCAACUGCGACUCCCGCGGACUUCCCCAAAGUGAAGUCUUGUUCAGCUCAGUACGUCCGCCAAGGAAAGACAGAAAAAAAGGAUUGUUAACUUGGAUUGUUCAUGUUCCAUCAUAGUUAAUUUAAUCUGUUAUACCAUGAAUUGGGGAUCAGCUGGUAUUUGGUUGACAUGGACGAUUUUCUCUCUGUUGUUUAUCGUUUCUGUCACCAUCGAACAAAACCUCCCGAACUACAACCUUUUCCAAGGAACUGCAUACCGGAGUUCGGGACACAGACAGUCACAGAGGAACAGGAACUGGUGUGCUUAUGUGGUCCAUAAGAAUGUGAGCUGUACGGUCCAGGCGAACGCAGAGAGCUGGGUGGACGCUGAGGCAGCACCAUGCCCAACCCAUGACCCAGACUGUGAGCAACAAGUGAUGUAUCGUACACGGUUCCGACCAGCCUAUAAAAUUUCUUACAAGACUGUAACUGAGCUGCAGUGGAGGUGUUGCCCGAGUUACCAGGGACCUAACUGUUCUGAGCUGAAGACUGCUGCCAACAGACCAGCCAGAACGCAGGCUCAGAACGCAAACAGCCAGACACUACCAGCCAAGACACAGUCCCAGGCCCAGAACCAUGCAGCAUCACCACACUACCCUCAGACAAGAUCCAUUCCUGGACAGACCAGACACACACUAAGCCCAGAGAGGAGGGAGACAGGUGGGUACGAGCGUAGGCAUGGCGGAGGAGUAGACAGGGUGCGUCUCCUGGAGGGGGAGGUGCAGCGUCUCUCAAAUACAGUGGGGGCACUGCAGGCUGCGAUGACGGGACUGAGCUCCACUCUGAGGACGGACCUACAGGAGGACACAUCCAAGAUGAUUGUCACCCUGUUGAACAAUCUCCGACCUCGAGCCUCUGACACAGAAUUGGUGGAUGACCACCUGGGAUCAAUAAUCGAUGGCCACCAGGCUACCAGGGGAUCAGUCCAUGUGGAUCGGGGGCUGGAGACGGUCUUGGCCAGGCUGGAUGAUGUCAACACCUCCCUGAAUAAAAAAGGGGACGCUCUGGAGGAGCUGAGAGGAAUUGUAACCUCACACAGCGGACAGAUUCGCCUGCUGCUAGAUUCUUCUGGCCAGUCCCAUCAAGGGCCUGAACCCAACCCUAAUCCAGCUGAGGCGGGAGCGCCCGUUGACCUGGAAGAGGUACUGAAGAAAUAUAUUGAUGGGCAACUGGAUACUCUGAGGAAGAAGCUGGAGGAGACAAUGGAGAAGGAGGUGGAGAAGGAUUUGGAGAAGCUGCAGAGAUCCUGUGAGGGGAGGAUAGAAUCAAUGGAGAGGAGUUGUGAGGAGGAGCAUAGGAGAGGACUGGUCAGUUUGACUGAGAUGGUGGACAACAAGGAGGCACAGCUGAAGAAGGAGAUCAGGGAGUUGAGACUGGAUAUUGCUGCCUCAGACCAGCCAGGACGCACUCUGAGAGAGACUGACUCCAUGCCCAGCUCCAGGCAGACCGACAUGGCUGGACAUGGUGAAACGUCACCAGGUGUCCUGCCUGCUGUCCAACGCGGUGACCUGUCUGACCUUUGGAGGGAACUGGAGCGUGUGGCUGAGGCCCAUCGUGUCUUGAACGCCCGCAUGGACAAUGAACUGCAGUACCUACAAUCACCACACAGGGAGAUAGAGGGGGGUACAGGGACGUUAGAGGGCGAGGUGGGUGCAAGGUGGGAGGAGUUGGAGGCGCGUCUGAAUGUGACAGAACAGAAUGCAGAGGUCCACUGUUUCUACAUUGAAGAGAAGCUGACUCAUGCACUAGCGGAGCAGGGGGUGGAGCUACGACAGGUUCUGGAGGAACGAGUCAAGCUCUUAGAAGAUCAGUUUACCACCAUGCUGGUUGAGCUGAACAAUGGCUCAUAUCAUGCUGGGGCUUGGAGCAGCAUGGAUCCUCUACAGGCUGAGGUGAACAACAACAAGUUCCUUCUGCAGGGUCUGGACGAGAAGGUGAAUGCGGUGGCUAAGCUCUGCGCUAGCGGCUGUGGUGUAUCUAAUAUUGAAGUGCCCAACCCGGGAGGGACCUUCGACUCUAGCCUUAGCCUUAAAGUCGUGGACAGCAUGGUAAAGGAUCUGAAGCUAUGUCGAAAUGACCUAGACAUUCUCCACACAGACGUGUCGGCUAACUCAGGCAAACUAAAAGUACUUGAGGAGAUUAUUGACAGGCAGCUGUCAGGGCAGCAUCCCAGCAUUCAGACGGUCGAAGACCUCCAGAGGGAGAUGAUCACUCUGAGGGAUAACAUGGGAGGUUUGCGUGGGACAGUGAUGGGGCUUGGAGAUGAUAUGAGCAGGUACACCAAAGACCUCACCCGGAUCAACCACACCUGCUGCCAGGCCAGGCCAGGUAGUUUAGAGCUUGGUGCCACCAGAAGUCCAGUUGAAGUGGUCUCCAAAGAAGAAGUGGAGGAUAUGAAAACCACACUGGACAGCCUCACUAACCAGGUCCAGACUGAACUCCAGCGUUGCUCCAGUGUGCCUCAUGUUGAGGGGCGUGUCCUGCGCCUGGAGAAGGUGUGUGAUCAGCUAGACAGGGUGUCGGCUGGGGUGCAGGGGGUUAAGGAGGGACUGGAGAGGCAUGUUGCUGGACUCUGGAACCAUGUCAGCAGGGUCAACACAACACUGCAGAGACAGGCUGUUGACAUCAGUGCUUUACAGGGCAAACUACAGACGCUACAUACCAGGAUCACUGACAGCAACAAACACAUGGAAACAGGUGUACCAGUGAGACCAGGUUCUGUACCCGACCAAACAAGGUCCAGGCUAAAUCAGAUUCACAUCCCAGUCAUUAUCCCCAUUCAACCCCCUCCCGAUCCAUCCAGGCAGCCCCUCCCCAACCACCCCAGCCUCAGGCUACCCCUGCAGCCCAGACAGCCUGGCAACCCCUCCCCACCCCACCUCCUACCUAAUCGGCCUACGGUCUACCUGAUGCCAAAUCAACCGAGCCAACCCAACCAACACAUCAUAACUGUGGUUCCUCAUCAGCCCAGCCCUCCCUCCAACCAGCCCCAUCGGGUUGUGGAGGUGGGAGAGGCCGGUCCACCGGGCUUCAUGAGGAGGGUGACUGUCAGGAGAGGAUCAGAGAACUCAGCCGGCACACCUGUUGAAGGAUUCGCUGGACCUCCUGGGCACGUCUCUCCACUGAAGCCAGUCACCUUCAAUAAACCUGAGAAAAUCCAUAAACCUGAGGCAAUCUAUAAACCUGAGACAAUACAUGCUAAAAAAGCCUCCUGGUUUCCAGUGUCACAGACUUCCCUGGCUACUCCAGUGUCUUUAGACGGUAGUCUCCAGAUGGACUCGUUCUCCUUCUCGGCUGGUCUGACACACCAGUUGUUCUCUGGGGAGAUUGGAACCAUCCGCUUCAAUAAGGUCCUGGUCAACGAUGGAGGACACUACAAUGCUGUCACAGGUAUCUUCACAGUACCAAUGGAGGGGCGCUACCUGAUUUCAGGCAUUCUGACGGUUCAACAGGGAGAGGGUCUGGAAGCUGUUCUGUCUGUCUCCAGCCGUAGUGUCCAGAGGCUGAUGAGUUCUUGUUCUGAAGCAUGGACGGGGCUGGGAGAUGGAGGGGCCCAGGAGAGAUGUCCAUGUGGAGGGUCUGUCUCAUUCAGUCUGAUCCUGUCCUUGAGAAAAGGAGAUCGGGUAGGUCUUGUCCGGACCGCAGGACAGCUAGCGACAACAGAAUCCAGAGACAUCCUGUCAACGUUCAGCGCCAUCUUCCUCUACGCCCCUCAGACAAUCACCAGAUAGUUUGUUACUCCUGACCAAUUAAAAACUAGGAAUGUAUUUAUACAGUUUUCAGGACUCCAAUCACCUGCAACCUACAGUAUUAGAGAAAUUAUUUACUUUAAAAGAAAAAGAUUUUGUUCAAUAUCUUUUCAAUUGUUACUGAAUGACUGUCAAAACUGAUACCAAAGAUAAGUCAAACCAGUAAGGUCAUUAAUAUACAUCAGACAAUGCGUGUAUUGGCUUUCUUCAUGUUCAGUUUCAUGUUCUUGUUCAGUUUGUCUUGUUGAAAAUGUUUUCCUAAAUUAACAUUUAUAAAAUAUCAUAUAUACUUAUUUUUUUGUUAACAAAUCUCAGAGGAUCAACUACUGUAUAUUAAAGGAGAAGAGUGUAAUACAGGUUCUUCUGUAUAUCACCAUGACCAAG